AUGGAGGUCAAAGCAAAAGCCAUAGAGUCAAAGAAAAUAGCAACAAAAGCUGAGGAUGAGAAGAAGACAAAGAAAGGUGAUUUGAUUACUACUAAUUGUCAAGAGAUUACUAUUAUUAAAGGACAUCUCAAAAUCAUCGAGGGUUUUAGACAAGCCAAGACAAGAGAUCAUGAUCAAUCUCCAAAGAGCUCAAGAUCCUCAUCAUCAUCAUAUGUGAUGAAAGUCAAGAUGGGAAAUUACAAAAACUCGAUUCAAAGAUCAGAAAACAUUAUAAAGAUGGAAAAUCACGACAAGAACAAGAAGGUGAUGAAUCUGAAACAAAACACAGAAGAGAGUAACGUUCAUAAUCAUAAGAGGAAGAUUAAUAAGAAGGUGUGGGAUUGUGAAAGCACACUCUAUGACUCGUUCGAGCUCAACUCGUUCAACCGACAACUCGACUCAGCCAUCUCUUCCUCCGCAAGAUCCAUGUCUAUGCCACACCACCUCCGUUCUCCUCCACCGUCGGAAACGACGUCAUCUUCGUCUUCGACGACAAAGAAACAAUCAUCAAACAAGAUCUCACGUUCUUUACAGAAACUCAUAAAGUCAAUUUUCAGACAGAAACAGUCAACAACUCCGUUUAAGGCAUGUGAUCGUCACGGCGUUGACAUGGACAAGUACUACGUCGUUUUCGACAAGACGGGCUCGCUCACGACGAUUCCCGAGUCAGGAGAGUCGACGGAACUGGUUGGCUCAGAGAUUAACAACUCGCUUGUUCGUAAAACCGUGUCCGAGCGAUUCCCGCCGAGCCGACUCGCUGGUAUAUCUUGUUCCUGA